AAAGAUAGAGAGGGAGAUGGCGGGAAAGCACAUUACUCAUCUACAGUGUUAUUAUUGCUUGGGAGAGAAAAUGUGGCGGGAAAAGGGCCAUUACUCAUAUCAUCGACAAGUGCCAGUGAGAUUAUGAAGGACGGGACGGGGGACAGAAGAGGCGAUUGUAUUAAUUUUCUUUCAUUUAUGAAUUUGAUUUGAUUGUGGGUCAGACAAGAAGAGAUAGAUAAUGAAUUCUUUUGCUUAGCCGCCCAGCCCAUCAUUAAUUAAUUCAUUUAUUUAAAUCAUAAAAAUAAAAGUAGCAUAAAUAGGGCUCUCAGUCACCCCCUCCCCUUCGCUCAAUUACCUUUCCUUUCAAACACUCCCAUUUCUCCAAUUCCGCACUCAAACCCAAUUCCGGCCGAUCGACAUGGGCGAUGCCGCGGAAGCAGCAGCACUGAACCUAUCGCCGUCUCGGGUGUCCGAUGUGGCAGAUGGGUUUUCCACUCCCAAGGGGCCGGAGCACCGGAUUCCAGAGCCGACGGAGUGUCCCUGGGCGCCCAAGCCUCAAAGGCGGCCGCGCGAGAUCAGCGUCAGGAGGACGUUCCGCGUUGUGAUGAGGAACGUGUUGCUAAUCCGAGCCACCUACCGCCGGCCGCCUCGCCGCACUUACUGGCAGUUCAUACUAAUUAGCUUGCGUCGACGAUACGUACUACUUGAAGAUGAUGUGUAACAGCGAGCGAGCGAGUACUAAUUCAGACAAUAAUGAACCAUGUCUACAUGUCCAUUGUCAUCCUUCGUUAUAGACCUUUUGGUAUCUGCGAUUGUCGAAAUUGGUGCAUUAUAUAAGUACCUAUGUGUUAUAAAUUGAUGUAUUGUUUAAUCAUGUGUGCAUUUUAAGAUUACUAUGGUUUGGUAAUCUAAGGAAUAAUAUCAGAAAAUUACC